ACACGCACUUCCCGCCCCGCCUCCUCGCCCACCUCGCCGAGAGGCCCCUGCAGCCCAGCCAGGCGAGCGAGGCGCGAUGGACGGCCGGGUGCAGCUGAUCAAGGCCCUCCUGGCCUUACCCAUCCGGCCCCAGACGCGUCGGUGGAGGAACCCGAUCCCCUUCCCCGAGACGUUUGACGGCGACACCGACCGGCUCCCGGAGUUUAUCGUGCAGACGGGCGCCUACAUGCUCGUGGACGAGACCCUGUUCUCCAACGACAGCCUGAAGGUGACGUUCCUCAUCACCCGCCUCACCGGGCCGGCCCUGCAGUGGGUGAUCCCCUACAUCAGGAAGCAGAGCCCCCUCCUCAACGAUUACCGGGGCUUCCUGGCCGAGAUGAAGCGGGUCUUUGGAUGGGUGGAGGACGAGGACUUCUAGGCCGGGAGCCCCUCGGGCCCGGGGGCGGGUGCCCGCGGGAGGGUCCGCUCUGCCCGUCGCCCAGCCGCGCAGACCGCCGCGGGCGCCCUCCCGCCGCGCCUCCCGCGUCCCUCACCUUCGGGUGGCCGCGCUCUCCCCGCGCGCUCGUGUCCCCUCCCGCGUCGUGCUUGCCUUUGUUCCAGGAAUAGCGCUCCAGGUUCCCGCCGCCUCCGCCGCCUCCAGGCCUGGUGCGGACCGGCCGCCGCCCUCUCGGGCCGGCCCGGCCCCUCCCGUGCACCCUUGGACCCGGUCCUGCGCUCCAGCUGCAAGCCGGGCUCCUGUUACACGCGGGACGGACCACCUGCAGCCCGGCGCCCGCCGACCGCCGGCGCCUGGCCGGACUCCCAGGCCGGCAUCCGGGUGCCCAGAGACCUGCGCUGCCGCUGCCGUGCCCCCACCGUCCACCGCAUCGCUCCCGCCGACGCCCUGCAGCCUUCGGGGAUCUGGACUCACCACCACCCCCCGGGGGGUGGGGUGCCUGAGCCGCUCACUGCCCCCCGAGACGAUGAUUGCAACAGCUCUCCACCGCCGCGGAGGGGCCGGCCAGCCUUUCACCGUCAGCGGGGCCCACUCCCUCCCUACUCCCAGAGACAUCUCCUGCUCCUGCUCCCGCUCCCGCUCCCGCUCCCGCUCCUGCUCCUGCUCCUGCCAGGAGGCUGCCAGGUCCCGGGGGUGCCUGGCAGCCACGUCGAGUCACUCAUUGUCUCCUGUGGACCUGUUAGUUUCGCCCAGAAUCCAGUUCUCUUCUGAAUGUGCAGCUGUCUCUCUGACGUGUGCCUUUUGUCCAACACAGUAACCCCAGCACUCUGCCCAGCUCUUCUACACUACCUGGACAAACGUCUUUUCCUGAUUUUCAAUAAAUGUCAGACGCUGUUCAAAAAGGAA